AUGGAAGGUGAUCCAUCUAGCAAGACGAGGUGUGGUGAUAUCCCAUCAUCACCUGUUCCAAACAGCACACAUUCGCAAUUCGCGGAAGAUUUUAGCUCCUACGAGGAUGCUUGUAAGCAAGAUCCAUGCUUGCAAUCCUUCGAUGCCAGCCUCCAGGAAAAGACUAACAAAGUCAUAAACUCACUUGGCACUGCUAAUCUUCACCUGGGAUCAUUAAGCUCUUUUAAAGUGGUCACAAAUUGCCUACUUGAAGUGAACCAAGAUGUGGUUAAAUUCAUACUAGAAAGCAAAGAAGAUAUCUGGAAUAAUCCAGAACUGUUUGCUUUGGUUGAUGAAUACUUCAAGAGUAGUAUCGAAACUAUGGAGUUUUGCACUGAACUAGAAAGUUGUGUUACAAACGCUCGAACUAGCCAGAUGAUUAUAAGGGCUGCCAUUGAUCAUUUUGAGAAGGAAGUUGAAUUGCAAGAAGGAGUGAGUGAGAAGAAGUGCGUAAAGACAUUAGAAGAACUACAGAAGUUUAUGGUAUCAGGGAAUCCAUUUACCCCGAACUUCUUUUUGCUGUUUCAAUCUGUGUAUGAGCAACAGGUCUCCAUGUUGAAGAAAUUGCAAUUUCAUAAGAGGAAGCUUGAUAAGAAACUGAAAUCCAUGACGGUAUGGAGGAGAGUUUCGAAUGUUUUGUUUGCAUCUCUUUUUGUCACCGUGAUGAUUUUCGCGGUGGUAGGAGCUGCGAUUACUGCUCCACCUGUUGUAACUGCUUUGACCGCCGCGCUGGCCGAUCCAAUGGCCUCCGUGGGAAGAUGGUGUAACUUGCUUUGGCGUCGGUACGAGAAUGCAUUGAAGGCGCAGAAGGUGUUGGUGAACGCAUUUCAGGUUGGAACUUUCAUUACAAUCAAGGACAUGGAGAGUAUACGGAUCCUUGUCAGCAAAUUGGAAAUGGAAAUCAAGUCCCUUUUGCAAAAUGCUGACUUUGCUAUCAGAGAAGAAGAUGUCGUGAAACUCGCAAUAGAUGAGAUCAAGAAGAAGAUGGCGGUGUUCAUGGAAACCUUAGAGGAUGUAGCUGCCCAUGCUCAUAGGUGUAGCCGUGACAUCUUGGUAGGAAGGAUUAUGAUUUCCCAGAGGAUAAUCGAACUAGCUGACCAGUGA